AUGAGGUGCCCUAGCUCUAACCAAGGGCACAUGGUAGAAGAUCGACGGAUUUGGCAGUUCGCCCUGCGCGAAUUGUUGGAGAAAUGGGCCGUCGGGGGUUUUCCAGGUAAUAAGCCACACGUUCAGGGACUGCCGAUUGACGAUCGUUUGCUGAUCCCCGUUCCCGCCGUUUUUGGCGACUCGACCGAGUGCCCGAUGCUGGUCCGCCCAAUGAGGAGUGUCCUCGAUAGCAUUUCCCACAAAGAAACCAUGGAUCAGCUCGGCUCCUUGGUGAUCGGAUCAACAGAUACCGAUCGAGUCGGCCAGAAGGAAUCGGCAUCUAGACAUGAUGUACGAUGCCGGACGAUCUGCACGUUCUUUUCAGGAUGUCCCGGAUCGUGUAUCCGGAGAUCGAUCCGGUUGGGAAUCUUGGAGACAUCAGUAUCUAUGACGCAUAGUGACCGACCCGAGUGCUUCAGUUCCCGGUGUCGGGCGCUUGCUGGCCAGUGA